GGGACACCCGGCCGAGGACGGGGGCCAUGGUGAACGCGGUGACUCCGCUCAGGCGGGACACGGCAUGGGAACAUGAGAACAGGCAGCGGUGGGAGCCAGGUCCCUCCGCCAGGGACACACUCGCGUGUGGCCGGAGCCACCUUAAGGUGUCGGUGUGGGGGAGGGCCAGACAGGCUGCGAGGGAGGGCAAUGUCCUGCUCCUGUGCAGCUCCCAUGUUGCCGUUCUUGUCCCGUCGCGACAUGGCCCUGCGGAGGGUGCUGGCGCUGGGGGCAGCCCUGGGCCGCCGCAGCUGCUGCUCCAAGCCCUCGCUGUCCCCUGACUUCGUGGAGACCCUGAGGGCCGUGGUUGGGGCCCCCAAUGUCUCCACCGCCACAGCGGUGCGGGAGCAGCACGGCCACGAUGAGUCCAUGCACCCCUGUGCCCCCCCGGACGUCGUGGUGUGGCCCCGGGCGGUGGGGCAGGUGCAGGAGCUGGCAGCCCUCUGUCACCGCUGCCGUGUGCCCAUGGUGCCCUUUGGCACCGGUACGGGCCUGGAAGGAGGCGUCAAUGCCGUGCAGGGCGGCGUCUGCUUUGACCUGAGCCGCAUGGACGCCAUCGCCGAGCUGAGCCUCGAGGACUUCUCGGUGACCGUGGAGCCCGGUGUCACCCGCAAGGCCCUCAAUAAGCACCUGCGUGGCACCGGGCUCUGGUUUCCUGUUGGUACCGUGGGCAUGAGGGAGGUCAUGAAGCAACAACACUGGAAGAGCUCAGGAUGAGGACACACUUGAGGAGCUGUGGACUGGGGGGUGUCCAUAGGUCUGCUACAUUUCAGGGCAGUAGCAGAGGUACCUCUAGGACUGAGGGUGCCAUGCUUCCCGAGGUUCUGCAAGGGAUGGAUAGGCAGGACCAGGAAUGCUUGGGGUUGGGGGCUACCAUCCUCUCUGCCACACCAAACCCAUAGCUCCUAUGGUGGCCAUGGCCCCUGAGGAGGUGCUAUGAGGGAUACAGACCCCACACUCUUUCAGGGCCUGUGUGACCCCAGUGCCCUGCACUGCCAUCCCUCAUUUCCCCCCAGACUCUUAGGCCCAUCCCUUGUGCCCCAUUAACCUUCUGUGCACCAGCAGUCUCUAACGGCUAGAUCUUUUAGGAGGACACGAUCUCCCCAGCCCUGCCACAGGGCCACUCCCUCACCCCAGCAGGCACAUGCAGAUAACCCAGGAGAUAAGGUGUGUUUCUAGGCAAAUCUUUAUACUGCUGAGGGACUUGGGGCCAAGUUUUGGAGGGGGCUGCCACUUGGUAGCUCCGGGAACCAGCAGAAGCUUCCCCUGUGUUCAAAAGGCACCAAUUUUGGUUCGCGUUUCGGUUACAGCUGGUACUGUAGCACAACCCGAGACGUGAGAACGCACAGGUUAGCCCCUUCUCACCCCAGCAGCUCCCCACCCCCCUUACUCCUCUGGGGACCCCUAGCCCCAGCCUCCAGCACACAAGGGGACAGUACAACACAUCUCUGUCACACUGUCCCUCCAUCACAG